CUAUUCCGCUAUUGCGUCAAUAAACACAAUGAGUAUGCAGAAAGCCACGCAACAGACAGAAAAAUACCUAGACAGCUUCCCUUUCACGCAAGAUUGAUAGCCUUUUCUAUCAGAAAAUUUCAUUUAGUUGUGAUAUGAUGAGCUAUUUUGGUGAAAAACUUGAGAAAAAACGUGAGGCCUGCCGUGUCGCAUAGCAGGUGCAGGAAACAACAAAUUUGAAUAAAAGUGACCACGUGACGUCUUUUGGCCAAUCCAUCAAAGGGUAAUUACCGCCUGAGUAUUUUGCCCUUCACUGUGUCGCCAUUACGUUACGCGAAGCGGACUAAAGCCGCCCCCGUGGUCGACGUUAUCUCGGAUUUUUACCCUAUUUCUUGGAUCAUACUGCCGCAACGGUCGUGGAAUAUACGAGAGCCAUGUGUCGAGUAUGACUGCCGCAAAUUCGGCGGCGAAUGGUGCCAGUUUGGAAGAUUGUCACACCAACUUGUUCGCCCUGACGGAUCUCUCGGGCAUCAAAUGGCGUAAGUUCAGCUACGAUUGCCCCCAGGAGCCACUGGGGCCCCUGGAGGACCCCGUCCUGGUCUCCUACUCUCGCUGCAUCGCGGCCAACAUCCUCAGCGUCUGGCGCCGCGUCCCCUUCAUGAACACAGACCUUCUGCUCUCCCUUGACGUGCCCAUGAAACCGGACCCCAUCUGGACCAAGGAGCUCUGGAUUUACUGGUAUGGGGACGACCCAAAUCUGGAGGAGAAAAUCUCGCCGGAUCUCAAAGAAGUUGAUGAGGGCACAUGGGACAACGGACUGUCGUACGAGUGUCGUACCCUCCUUUUCAAGUCUUUGCAUAAUCUAAUAGAGCGGUGCCUGUUGAGCCAUAACUAUGUCCAUCUUGGCAAGUGGUUUGUUCGUCCCUACGACAGCCUUCCUGCCUCCCCUGAUUCAUUCAAUGACCACCUGUCCUUUGCCUUCAGUUUCUUCCUCCAUGGUGAGAGUACAGUCUGCGCCAAUGUGGAGGUUGCCCUCCACCAGCCUGUCUGCAGACUGUCACUGGACCACUUGGCCCUAGCACAGGGCUCCGCCACUGGCUUUCAAGUCAUUCUCUCUCCGUACGGUCUGAGCGGUGUGCUGACCGGCCACUCCUACAAAGCGAGUCACUCUGCUAGUCGGCGAAUCCUGAAUGAGUGGCACCACUUCUAUCCAAUCAAGUUUCAGGGGGAUGAGGAAAGCAGGGACACGCCCUUGGAUGAGGACAGCCUGGAAGAUGGCCUGCCAGCUGUUGUCGAUGUCCUCGUUGCCGGAGUGCGCAUGCUGUACCCCACUGCGUACGUCCUGGUACCUCAGAGCGAAGAGAUGGCCCAUGUUCCCAUCGCACCCAUGCCGGGGACCACCUAUCUACCCCCUCCCCCGGUUCAGAAUGCCGGAGCCAGGAUACAUGGCAUCACAGCAGCAGCCAUGUCCUCAAUCUCGCUAACUCCGCCCACCUCCCCACCUGACCAGCCAUUGCCAGGUGAGGCUAAGAUCACCAUGGUGUCAUCGGGUGUGUACGCGAGUGCCCCGGACCCGGCCCUGUUCCCCGCGGAGUCGGACCUGCUGUCUCCACAGAUGCUGGCGGGUCGCAUGGCCGGCAGGCUGUGGCGGGAGCUGACGGUGCCAGCCCCCGAGGUGCCGUCAUCGCAAACGGUUGCUGCCCCGUCAGUGGAUUCCAGUGUGCUCCCGUCCGAAGAUGGCUCGACAGCAGCAGCGACGGUGCCAGCAGCCGAAACCAGGAGCACGGCCACCAAUACCACCGUCACCUGGGACUUCAACGACCCCAGUACCCGGGCCAACUGCAGCUGCUCAAGGCAAAAGUCAUUGAAGCAGAAGGGAGGUUUGGCUUUCAGUAAGUCCCAUCCCUCCAGUCACAUGAGCAGCAAGCACUCCAAGUCAGACUCCAAGCAGGAGCGUCAGCAGCGCAACCAGCGGCCUGUCACGCCAUUCCACCACCGCACCAUCACCUGUGAGGAUAUCCUGGCCCUGGAGCAGGAGGCAGUCAACCAGCGGCUUGCUGCCCAGCAGAGUGCCCUGCCCAGCCUGCCGGCCGGAGCAGCCACAGGCCAGGCCCAGCCCCAGCCUUUGCAGCAGCAGCAGCAGGACAGCAAACUCACCCAGGGCAAGUUUACCCAGCCCAGCCCGGCUGCCUUCCGCCCUAUGGGGCCCGUUGACUCGGUGCUGACCGAAUCACCGCCCUCUGUUGUCCCCUCGCCCCUGUUGCCACCACCUACAGGUGCCACCACAAGCGCCAACGAGAGAACUAUGCCCGCACUGAGCCCUUACCCUCCUCCCAGGAGUGGGAGUGAUUCGGGAACGCCCACGGCCACCAGCGCGCCGGCCAUCUUCGCACGGUCGGAUGCAAUUCCUGUGAACCAGGACCACCCGGACGGGCUACCGGUACCGCCCAUGAUGGGGACCGCCCAGAUGAUGGACUCAAUCCCCAGGGGGAUGGACGCUCACCUGAUGGCCGAGCAUCAGAAAGAGGAGCGGGAGGAGGACCCAUUGUGGCAGUGCUUCAAACUUCCCAGUGGAUUGGACUGUAAGCGACCCCUGCUGCCUGCUCAGUGUUACGAGUUGGACGAUGCAGAUGGCGGAGGUUGGGAUGCACUCUAUGAGAUGGACAAUAACAUCGAAGUGUUCUCCCAACCCCUGAAGAAGUUGAAGCCAGAGAGACCUCUGCUGACCAACCAGGACCUCCUGUCAGGCAACUUCAGCGUGGACCAGCUGGAAUACAAACCCGCGCAGCGUGCUGCCUCACCAGAACCUGUUGACCCGUAUGAGUUCAUGGAGCACGACCCCUCGCCAACAAGUCGGGUGAUAUCUUAUCGCAGCCGCGGCAAGGACGUCAAGGGGAAGCCCAAGGGGCUGGCCCCGCGGCGGAACAGCAACCGCAAGGAGCGCAAGAAGCUGGAGGAGGAGGCGGUCCGGCGGGCGGAAGAGGAGAAGAUGAAACAGGAGCAGAUGGCCCAGGAGCAGAUGCAGAGCAACUCAGUCGAUGACAAGGGCCCCAUGUCCAACCAGUCUGUAGGUCGGCUGGAUUCCAGUAGCCUGAUGCAGGUCAAUGACCUCAAGGUCACCUACGAGGACCUGGAGCAGCUGUUCCAGCCCUCGGACGACGAUGAUGAUGGGGGUCCCUUUGAGGAUAAGAGUCUUGGACCGCCAUCAGAGGAGGCCAAACCUCUGCCGGGGAACACAGGCCCUGUCGGGGGAGCCUACAACAGUGCGACAGAGCUGGCCGUGAUGUUCCCCACCCCGCCCUCGCUGGAGCAGCAGAACUCCGCCUUCUCCCCUCUCAACCAGCCCUGCCAAGAGUACCUGAAUCAUGGUUCGGUGGCGGGCUUGACACAGAUCGAGCAGAGCAGUCUGGGUGACAUCUCGGAGGUGGAGGUGGAUGACACCAUGGGGAGUCCCAAGCCAGACUCCAUAGAGGACUGGAGCUAUGUUUAUAAAACACCGAUGAUAGAACGCUUCGUCGGAGCAAGCAUGUACGCACCUCUGAAGUCAUUACCAAGUAGCAAGCUACCUCCCCUCAGGAUACCAGAGAACUGUAUCUACAAACCCUCCUGGCAGAUUCCACUCUCACCAAAGCCAGAAUUUAUACCUACAACCAAAGAAAGUGCAACAUCCGGUGGUGGUCAGUUGAUGAACUCACCAGCCUCUGCUGCCGUCCCUGUGGGUGUGUACCCUCCUGGUAGUCAAGGACCAAGGAGCGUCGCUAACACCGACAUUGCCCCCUCCCCGGCCUCCGAGGCCUCCUCCUACAUCAAGAAUCUCAACUCGCUGGAGUCGGCCUCCCUGGGCUCCAACAUCCCGGAGGCGCACAGCCUGACAGUCAACCUGGUGCUGUCUGACUCCCAGCUCAACCUCUUCAAGGACCGGAACUUUGACAGCUGCGUCAUCUGUGCCUGCAACAUGACCAUCCGUGGCAGUGAGGCAGCUGCCGCUCCGGGCUACGACACGCUGGGCCCUUGCAGCUGCGGCUUCAGCGCCGUCAUGAACCGGCGCUACGGCACUGGCAGUGGGCUCUUCGCGGAGGACGAAUCUGAAAUAACAGGCCAGUACGGCGACGUGGCCCUGUGGGCCUACCACCGGGACAACCCCAUGCUGGCGGCUGACUUUGCCCGCAAGGACCCCCUGGCCCAGGAGGGCGGACUGACGAGACUCUACACCAGAGACGGGGUGCCAGUGGGCACGGACAUCCUGAGAACUUCCAAUGCGCUGUUGCGCUUGAUUCAGGAUCAGUGUAACACGCCCUACUCCACCUUAUGUCGAUUAAAUUGCAUUGCUAAGCGAAAGAACAUAAACAGCUCAGGUCAGCUUGCCAGAAGUCAGCUAGAAAUAGAAGACGGUUGCGAGGUGUGUUUUGCAGCCUUAGAGCAGGGUCGUCAGGUAGCCGAGAACUCCAGCAACGCUAAGCUGGACGACACGCUCCUCAAGAAUUCAUGCCUACACAGCUGGCCUUAUACCCCAGGCCUUUACCGCAGCCAGCUGUCCUCCCAGGACAUCGUACGCACCCUCUCCUCCUUACAGCCCCUCUUGCAGGACGCCAUCCAGAAGAAAAGGACCACGAGGUUAUGGGAGCGGCCCUACACGGUGCAGGGACCCCUCACCUGGCAGGUGUUCUUCAACCUCGCUGCAAAAGGCUCAUCAGAGUCUCCCGAGCCGCUCCCCAUUCCUCCCCUGCUGGUCGGCUACGAUAAAGACUGGUUGUCGUCAUCGCCCUACGCCCUGCACAACUGGGAGAAACUAUUACUGGAGCCCUACAGCACCGCUCGGGACAUUGCCUACGUCGCCCUCGUGCCUGACAACGACUUCAUCCUGCAGUGUGCCAAGAGUUUCUUCAGGGAAGUCACGGCUGUUUAUGAGAGCUGUCGACUUGGCAGACACGCACCUAUUGCCAAGACACAGCGUGACGGCAUCUUCAGGAUCGGCAGCAAGUACGCCUCCAAGGUAGCAGAGGAGCCCGUGGACGAUUGGUUCUCAGAAAUAGCACACUUGCCGGAUUCAUGCAAGCUGAAGUUGUACGCUCAAGUCUGCAAAGCCUAUGUGGGUCCCUUCUUGAGUGGAGACCCGCCCGACCACACCCUCUUUACCACCUCCCGUCAUGACAGAUCGUCAUCUUCGUCAUCAUCGUCAGCCCUGUCUAACCUCAGUAACGUCCCUGGGUCCACCUCAGUCGUCCCCGGCGGCACCCACCACCUAGCCGGGGCUGGCCAGGGUGGCGGCUCGGGCGUGGCCGGGAUGGGCAGCAGUCAGGGUAGUGGUGGGGUGUCCUCCUCCAUGUCCCAGGGAAUGUCUUCCGGGGACGGAUUGGGAUCAGUGGCAGGUGCUGGUUCACAACAGGGUAACAUGAACAUGCCGGCUCCAAGCACAACAGGGCCAGCAGGAACAGGCUCUCAGCAGGAUGCUUCCUCUUGCUCGGACAAGUCAGACUCCAAGGAGAACGAGACGGGCAUCAGUAUCCCCGAGGACAGCGACUGUGAGAAGCCGCCUGCCCCGGCCGUGGUGGUAUACAUCGUGAACCCCUUUGGCCUGGAGGAGGAAGACUAUGGGGGUGGGGGAGGAGUGGAGCAGUCGGUCUCCAGCCUGGCCUUGCUCAAGAGCUUCGCCGAGGUCCAGAACCACGUGCAGGGGGAGCUGAGGAGGAACCUCAUCCUGCAGAUCAUCCCACUUCGCCAGAUCCUUCAAGUGGCCAACAGCGACAUGUCGUCCCGCCUCCUGAGCCAGAUCAAGUGCCACGCCUUCUCUGUCUUCUCCCAGAGCCGGCGCCACCUGCAGCCUUCCGUUGCCGGCCAGAGCCUGACCGGCUUUGGGCCGGCUGCCGAGCUAGACCGGAUCCUCAAGAGCAACAAGGGCCCAAAGCCCCAGUAUCGCCUCUACUCCCCGCCCUACAUCCUGACCCCUCUGAAGGACAAGCAGACGGAGCUGGGUGAGUCGUUUGGCGAGCUGCGGCAGGCCUGCUGUGAGCUGUUCUGCGGCUACUGCCUGUCCCACGACCAGCGCCUGCUGCUGGUGGCCUGCACAGACUCCAAGGGCGAAAUGAUGGAGACGCAGGUCAUCAACAUUGACGUGCCUAACAGAAAACGAAGGAAAAAGGUGUGCGUGCGGAACAUUGCCCUGAUUAAGCUGUGGGACUUCCUGAUGGGUGUCAUGUCCAAGACGGCCGUCCCCUGGAGACUGGUGGUCGGCCGCUUUGGCCGUCUUGGCCAGGGUGAACUCAGGGACUGGAGCGCGCUGCUCAGCAGACGCUCACUGACCACCCAGAGCCGCACUCUGAAGGAUAUGUGCAACAUGUGCAACGUGACGGGCAACAACGACUACCCGUGCAUCCUGAGCGCCUGCCUGGUGUCCAUGGAACCCGAGCCGGGCUUGCGCAUCAUGGCCGACUCGGUGGCCGCCGACAAGUGCAGCAAGAAUGCCCAGCGGGACCAGCCCUCCUGCCAGCUGCACACGCCGGAUGACGCCACCUGCACCCACAUUCAUGUCUUCCCCACCAGCGCUACCAAGCAGGUGGCUAGCGGGCCUUACCAGGCCGAGCCCAUGAUGGACCUGUCCUUCACAAAUCCCACGGACAACGUGCUGCCAGCCGACGAUGAUCUCCUCUUCAUCACAGAGGGGCUGGGCAACCAGGACCUGGCCCAGAUCCUGGGGCUGGGCUCCCCAACCAACAUGGGCUCACCAGUGCCUUCCCCCGGUGGUGGGGGGCACUCGCCUGGGCCGAGCUCACCCAGUGGUCAGCAGAUGAACAUGGCGGUCAACAGUGAAAACAUGAACAAGAACACCAACCAACAACUCCUUCCGACCGAGCCAGAGGAGUCCCUCCUCCAGCAGCCCCUGGCCAUGGGCUUCUUUGUCUCCACGGCCAAGACUGGACCUCUGCCCGACUGGUUCUGGUCCUCCUGCCCAGAAGCUGAGAACAAUUGCCCUGUCUUCCUCAAGGCUGCGUUGCAUUUACACAAUGCCUCCGUGCAGCAGAUGUCAGAUGACAUCUUGCAGACUAAACACAACCACCCGCUCGACUCAAACCUCACGACAGAUGUACUCAGGUAUGUACUGGAGAGCUACAACAGUUUGUCCUGGCUGACCGUGGAUCCGGCCAGUGGGGACAGGCGCUCCUGCCUUCCAAUCCACCUCGUAGUCCUCAUGCAGCUGUACAACACUAUUGCUGCUCUGUUCUGACAGGGGCCCACUUACUGUCGCCUCUUUGGAACCCCCAAUCGUAAAUCAGCCAGCGGACACUUUGUGUGACGUGGCAAGUGUGCUGGCAAAACUCAGACAACCACGAGAGUAACUGAGACUUGGAUAUGAGAGUUAUUUACUUGAAACAAGUCAGCAACUUUACUUUCUUUGAGUCAAGACUCUUGAAAUAACUGGAACUGGUUUCUUUGUACGUUUGGAGGUAAGGGAGAUCUUAUGCCGGCCACUGUUGCGUUUUCUUUUUCCGCCCGACAUUUCUCGAAGUUAGCCACUGAAAGUGUUCUAAAAAACGAGAUUUCGUUCAGACUGUGAAAUGACCUCAGAAUCAACCUUGCUGCAUCCAUACGUGUGAGGCCAGUUGCCCUUGUGUGGCUCAUAACAUUGAAAGAGGCCACCCCAGAGGUUUCGUCAGAAAGGCUUACGCAGGCGGCCAUUUGGUGCACCCUUUGGCGUGCGUGUUUACAUUGCUGAAUAGCAGUUCCCUGUUAGGCUGUGUGCAAGCGGUGAACCAAGUGAUUGAAGACAGCAAUCGAUUUGGCCAUCCAGAUCUUCUCAAAUUGGGGCAAAAGCUCAUAUCCCUAACCCCAAAGAGGAUGACGACCUUCAGUUGGAUUAUUGCGAGCACCUGCUGAAGCUGGAAAGCCUCUGUGAUGUGGGCAGAGUGGAUGACCCCUUGACUGGAAUCCAGAGGUCGUAAGAAUGUGCCGUAACAUAUCUGCAUGAGUGCCAAACUUAAGUUAACUGCUUCUGCGAAACUUGCAGAGAAGACCGUCCUUGCUACUCACAACCAACCAGCCAACUACAGGACUGUUCAUUUCGGAGGAGGUUUAAUAUCUCAGCAGAGUCAUUUUGACAGCGAUGUAGAAUGAGAGAGAUUAUGGGAGAAAUGUCUGCUGCCCUGUAGCAAUCAUAUCAUUGCAUCUGGACCUAAGCAUCUGCUGCCCUCUGUGGAUCACGCUUGUCACCAUUAGGUGUUUGCAUGAAGAAUUUGAGGAACAGUGUGCACAUUGUGUCAAGUCUGAACAGACCUUCACCGAAAAUCUCAGUCAAGAUUUCAAGCGACAUGAACAGCUAGACACCCCCAACCGUAUUUUGCAGAGUGAACUGUUUUGAUUUAAUUCCCUUUGUUUAUUCACUGGUUGCAAAGAACCUUGUGUCACAUUUUGCAAUGGCAGGUAGCUGCUGCACAUUGGGCCUGUUCGUUUGACACAGAUCUGGAAAGCUGGUUCACUCCAUCCAUUAGGCGGGUUCUGCCGUCCGUGAACCAGUUCUGGAUCACUAGUCACGAUCCGGAUCCACGUGAAACAAACAGAGCCUUUGUCUAUGUGUCGUUUGGGUCAAACUCUACAACCUACACAGCAGUGAGGUUUUUUUUAACCCACAAGUUGCGUAAUAAAGUGACUCCCCGAUGUGUUGCAUAUUAUGUGGGUGCUUUAAGUGCACUGCUUUAUAGGAUGGGUGCUAUAAAUAGGCACAUAAGUGCAUAGAUGUUAUGGAGUCACAGUUAAGACAGUUUGUUUUUUGAGCAGGUGUGCACUAUUUGGGUCACCUGAAAUGCUGGCAGAAAUCACAUCCUCCCCCAACCCCUUUUCAAAUGUCACCCUUGGUCGGACCCUAAAAUGUACGCAUUUCCAAUGAUUUCAUGUCAGUCCAUUGUACAGAAAAAAAGAAGAGAAAACAAAAUACAGGAUUGUUGGAAAUUAUUGCAAAAAGAUUACUGGUAACUCGUCCAAUCAAAGUGUUGAAACUUUGCAAAGUGAUUUCCAGCUUUUCAGGUACCAUUUCUGAAAAGCUCAGUGGCAUAUCAGGAAGAGCUUAUUUAAGCAAACAACACUGGCAGUCGUAGAGCUGAGAACUGACAGCCCUCGCAGAUGUUUUUAUGGUAACACAUAUCCACGGGAAUCUUGUAUUUUGCUAAAAAUCACUGUACGGGUCUUGCCCCUUCCUCCCUAAAGAAAUAUUUUGGGGUUUUUUCCGAAACCAACCUAACUGGCUGGAGUAUUGUAACAGACUGGCACUUCAUACGAUUUGGAUCGGAAUUGUUUGGAUGUAACUCCCCCUCUGAUGUGGCAGUUGACCACUACGAAUGGCACAUCUGCUCCACCAAAGAAAGAACUGUUUUGUACUUGUUGCCUCCUUCUUCCCCAAAUGGGAAAAGAAAUCCAAAACAAAAAGAAACAAAAACGAUGCCGACCAGUCACUUGCCAAUGCAAACAAGUGGCCAUGUUCAGCACCUUUCUGGAGACUCCCCUGGACACGAUGGAGCACUUCCAUGGAACCUUGCAAACAAAGAAAGAAACAAAUGCGAUUUUGGUUUGGGCAUGACAAGAAAAUGCCGCCCUGCAAAUUGAAAUGGAAAUGCACAGAAGGCUGUGACAGGUGAGAGAUCAACUUCAUCAUUGUUGCAGAUUUUGGAGCCAGGGAAAUUUUUGGAGGGGAUCUCUUACAUGACUUCUCCCUGCUUAUUUCCAGAUUAAGCAAGUUCACCACCAUUGAACCCCCUAAACCUCAUAAGGUUGAAGGAAAGGCACUCUGGUUGCGUCAUUAAAUUGAAUGUAUGGAGUUGCCAUUUGUAGUUGCGCCUCCCUCCUCCAAAGUUUGUACUAUACCACUGUGACAUAAGUUACCAAAGUUAUAGACAAAUUCUGCUCUUUUUGAGAUGCACUCUUCAGUGGUGUACUCUUGAGUGAUUUGUUUUCGAGGAAGAAACGAGGCAAAUUUGAAUUCUCAUAAAGGUGAAUCAGAGUUCUCUAUGAUUAAUUAAUUCCAGCCAUUUCGCUAGGUUGGCUAGAAGUGAUCAAUCACAAAUGAUGCAUGGAGUUGAGCCAAUAACAGGUGCAGUGACUCGCAUUCCCAACAUACCUCCAAGCUUUGGCACCCUGCCAUGAUGUUCUGUUUUUCCCGCCUCGGUGUUCAACAUCCGGAAAAUGUAUUUGGGCAACACUAUAACAUUGCUUAGUUGUGAGUUAUUUACAGGCCCCUGGUUUGAAAUACUCAAGAAUGGAUUAACACAAAAGUGUGAUAUACAGCGGUCCCAGGUCAUGAUCACAAUCCAAAGGGAUCUGACAGGAGGAAAAACAUUCACAGUGGUCUUUCAUAACUUUCUCGGUUGUGUAACAUUCUCUUUUGACCUGUGGAACCCUUACAUUUUCAGUGACUUGUUUAUGUACCUCCUCCCUAUGAAAUCUUGUAAUUUUGGAAUGAAGUCCUGGCAAACCCAAAGCAAACUGCUAGUGUACAAAAACGUGCCACGGAGGAGCACUGUGAGGGACGGUGAGCAAAUCUUGUGGGUUUGGCCGGGAGUUUGUCCAGCAAGUAGUGUUCACCGAGUGCCGAGAAAACAAGCACUAAGAAAGUACAGUCUUUCUUAUUUACUGCUGUUUGCUAAUAUGAGUGGUUAGUUUCACUUUUUUCGUUUUCUCCUCUUACGGGGAGGGCAGCAAGGAAGAAGAUUGACCAGGUAAGAUACUAUUUCUUCUUUGUUGAUGUGGGAGUAGGUCUUGGUAUGGUGCAGUGUUUUUAACAAGGUUUCUCAAAGAUGGUUUGCAGAACUCAAACAGAAGCCAUAAUGUGUUUAACACUCACAGCAACCUGUGGUAGGACAUCUCAAUAGGAUAUAUGGCAGGUACCCUGGAUGGUGAUACCUGGAGGUGUCAAACACCCCCAGUCGUUGACCUUGACCCCUGUGUAGAGUCCCGAUCAGGGGUUUGUGCCCACAAGCUGGGAUCACAGGUUCAUGGCUGGUUGACCUAAGCCUUUUGUGGUGAACCCUUGGAGGAGAAACAGGAUACCAAAUGGUAGUUUUGCAAGUGGUUUGAAUUAAAAAAAAAAGGACAUGUCAGUUCAACUGUUGGACACACAAAGUGCUGAGAAUGUUGUUACCCCUCUCCCAUUGUUUUCAUCUGCACAUUCAAAGAUACCCCGAAUGCAUUUCAGCCCAAGGCCCUACAGGGUCAUCUGGGCAUGGCACUUUUCCUUUUGAAAUUUACCUUCAACUUCAUGCACUAGAGUGUUCCUGGGGAACAAAAACACCUGUUAGAUAUUAAGAAUGGCAUGGAUACUGUUCCCCAUAUUGAACUCUCCAAUAGGGCACAGCUGUUGAAAUGGCCGGACAAAUUUCCGACAAUCCCUCACCCUCCCCUUGUAGGACUUUGUAACAUCCGUGUGCUGAUUUGACACAUUGGUUUCUGUACAUAUGUACAGAAUCUAUGGUAUAUCAUGCAGAACAAAAUGUGUACUUUGUGUUAUACAGCAGAGCGUAAGUAUUCAUUAUACAAAAAAAGAAUAUCGGUAAUAUCUACAUAAUAUAUUUUGCCUUUUGGUUUUUAAUGAAGUAUUAUCAUUAUUGUAAUAUGGUUAAUUUUCCCAUCCGUGAACAUUUGUCUUGAUGGUGACAACAUAAGUGUGUCAUGAUAGAUAAACAUUUAUUUGCCUACUUGUAUAUAAAUAUUGAAAUUAUUGUCAAUUGUACACAAACUGGGUGUAUAUCGGUGUACAAUGUUUAUGUAAGUUGAUAAAGUAUAAACUAUAAGAACUCUUUGUAAAUGUACACAAUGACUGAUGGGGCAAAACAGAAAAGAGGAUAUUUGUCUCCUUUUUUUAUUAUAAAUAUUGACAGAGAUUGUAAUCCGAGAUGAUCUAUCACCAUGGAAACAAAUUAGAUUUGGAAGAAAAAAUUCAUGGUGAGAAUUUUUUUGUUUCGUUUCAGAAAAUUGUAUUUUAUGUGUGUAUGUAUUGAAACAAAUUACCGGAUGAAGGGUGGGCACGGUGUCUGCAGUUCUUUUAAUAUGGCGAAGAAAAAUGUUAGAUCACGAGUCAUUGUUUUAGAAAUAAAUUAUGUGAGUUCUAUGUUUGAACCUAUUUGAGAGGGUGUAUAGACUCUCACACCAGGCUGUGUGUAGUCUCUUCUCAAGCUGUUAAAUGUCAUCUCGAUGAUUUGUUUUUCUUUUGGUCCCCAUAAUUAUGAUAUACUUUUCCACGUGAUUUGUAGAAAUAAAAGUAAGUUAUUUGUCUCUAGUUCAAAACCCAACAAGGGAAAGGAAACGAAA